AUGGGUAAUCGUAGUCAACGUAACACAUUCGACACAUGGGAUUUACAACGACUCCAACAAGCAACUGGUUUGCCUCAGCAACAACUUGUACAGUUGUAUCAACGAUUUCAAGAAGAAGCUGGUCGAGAUGGUCAAAUAAGUAAAUCCGAAUUUCGUGAUUUUUACGAAGAACUGGGUCAGGGUAAUGCAAGCCAUCGUGCUAUCGAUCAGGUUUUUCGAGCAUUUGAUCGCGAUAACAGCGGCAGACUUAACUUCGAAGAAUUCGUUUCGGCAGUUAUCAUGCUCAAUCAGCAAUCGAAUCCGUACGAUCGCGUGAGUUUCUUAAUUGAUCAACAUAAUCCGAAUGCAAGCCAAGGUUACAUAACACCAGAAUAUGGCCAACACGUGUUUUCUCGUAUGAAUGACUUUUAUGGGACAAACGUUGAUCCUUAUGAUGCAUGGUCUCAACUGGACAAUGGUCAAGGAUACGUUUCCUCAAACCAAUUUGCAGAAUACCUUUCUAAUCAUCCACAAUAUUCUCAAUUCCAAUACUAA